CCCGCCUCGGCGUCCAGUCAUGGACUAGCCUCUGCCUCUCUACCGCUUAUCCAAAAUCACCCCGUGCUCCCUCUCGCCACGGCUCCAUCAGCUGUCCAGACGCCAUCGUCUCCGCCGCUCGGCGCGGCGCCAUGCCCCCCGCCGCUCUCCUCCCGCUCGCCCCGUCGCCGCUUCACCCGAACCAGCGGCGCCACCUCUUUCGCUGCGGCGCCUCGCGCCGCGGCUUCACCGUCCACACCGCCGUCGCCAUUGCCACCGCCUCCGCGGCGGCCUCGGCAGCGGCCGCGGAGGCCGAGGCGCCGCCCUCCCCAUCUCCGCCUCCCUCGCCGCCAACGCAGGCGCCUCCCUCCAAACAGGGGUCCCCGGUGCUGGGCGGCAUCGCGAACACGAGGUCGUGGUCGCAGUACUACGGCAGCGGCUUCUCCAUCCGCGUGCCGCCGUCCUUCGACGACAUCCUCGAGCCCGAGGACUACAACGCCGGGAUGACAUACUACGGUGACAAGGCCAAGCCCCGGGCGUACGCGGCCCGCUUCGCGUCUCCAGAUAGGGACGAACUCAUAAGCGUGGUGAUUAAGCCGUCAAAUCAGCUCAAGAUCACAUUUCUAGAGGCAAAAGACAUAACUGACUUGGGCACCCUAAAGGAGGCAUCGAAGAUAUUUGUACCUGCUGGUGCAAAAGUGUUCUCAGCUCGAACAAUUAAAGUUAAGGACGAGGAAGAUAUUAGAACAUAUUACUUCUAUGAAUUUGGUCUGGACAAGCAACAUGUUGCUCUAAUGGCUACCGUGAAUAGUGGGAAGACAUACAUCGCCGGUGCUACCGCUCCAGAGACCAAAUGGGGCGACGACGGCGUGAAGUUGCGUUCGGCUGCCGUAUCUCUGUCCGUUUCAUGACUCUGCAAAUGCAGGACACCAAAAAGGAAGGGUUAAGCUGCAACUUCGGUCUUUCAGGAAAAAUGAUGCUACAACUCCGGAUUCAGCAGCACGCAUAGAGGGAUCAAUCGUUACCAUACUGUACUAUCGUAGACAUCGAAAGAAGGUAAAUAGCUCUAUUAGUCAGC